GGGCCCAAAGAACAUUGGCACAUCAAAAAAUACGAAAGAAUAAGAUAAAGGAAUUCGAAAGCGCAGAGGCAAGUCUCUCGGCGUCGUGCUCUGCAGCACUGAGGUUUGAUACCAAUGCUGGCCAAUCUUUUGGGUUUCACCACCACACUUCCUUCUCCACCCGAUUCCUCUGCUUUCAUUCCGACUAAAACCUAUCACUCUCCGAAUAAAUAUCCUUUCAACAAACUGAGUUUGGAUAAAAAUGCUGAUUCCAGCACCCCAAAGAAGAGGGUCGAUAAGAAGCUGCACUCCACGUGUUCGACGAGAUGGGUCUCUCACGGUGGACGCAUUCCUUCCCUUCUCCACGCUCUCGACACCAUUCACGACUUGGAUAACGCUCUAAGACAGUGGGAGGAGACUCUGUCCAGCAGGGAAAUCAGUGCAAUUCUGAAGGCCCAGGUCUCUUGGCAGAGGGCUCUGCAGAUUUUCGAGUGGUUCAAGGAAAAGGGUUGCUAUGACUUGAACGUCAUUCACUACAACAUAAUGCUCUGGACCCUUGGCAGAGCGUGCAAGUGGGGGCUUGUGGAGAAUUUGUGGGGUGAAAUGAAUGCUAAAGGGGUUGCACCUGUGAAUUCCACGUAUGGGACCUUGAUUGAUGUUUAUAGCAAAGGUGGGCUCAAAGAAGAAGCUCUUGCUUGGCUUCAGAGGAUGCAGAAUCAAGGAAUGGAGCCUGAUGAGGUCACCAUGGGGAUUGUUGUUUUGUUGUACAAGAGGGGGGGAGAGUUCCGAAAAGCUGAAGAGUUCUUCCGAAGAUGGAUUAGAGGUGAACCUUUUAGAUUAGGGGUUAGUCAUAAUUUUGCAGUGUGUGAUGAAGGAUCACGUGCCGAUGUUUGUUUAAGCUCGAAGACAUAUACUACCUUGAUUGACACGUAUGGGAAGGGUGGUCAAUUUCGCGCAGCAUGUGAAACUUUUGCUAGGAUGAUCAGACAAUGCAUGACCUUGAAUACAGUGACACUGAAUUUAAUGAUUCGCUUAUAUGGAAACUGUGGAAGGCUACAACAAGCUUGUUUGUUGUUCCAGAAAAUGGGAGAGUUUCGGUGCCGACCCGACACUUGGACGUAUAACAUUCUCAUUUCGGCUUAUAUUAAGAAUAAUAAUGUCAACAUGGCAGCUAAAUGUCUUGCAAGGAUGAAACAGUCCUGCCUUGAGCCAGAUGUUGUGAGUUACCGUAUCCUCUUGUAUGCAUACUCGCCAAGGAAGAUGGUCCAAGAAGCGGAAGAGCUUGUACGGGAGAUGGAUGAAAGGAAUCUUGCAAUUGAUGAGGUCACCCAAUCUGCUUUGACUAGAAUGUAUGUAGAAUCAGGUAUGCUUGAGCAGUCAUGGUUGUGGUUCAGGAGGUUUCACCUAGCUGGGAAUAUUAGUUCUGCCUGUUAUUCUGCUAAUAUUGACGCUUAUGGAGAGCGAGGGUACACUUUAGAAGCAGAGAAAGUAUUUAUGUGCUGCAAAGAAAAGAAGAAGCUCACUGUCCUCGAGUUUAAUGUAAUGAUUAAAGCUUAUGGGAUAGGAAAAUGCUAUGAUAAAGCAUGCCAAUUGUUUGAUUGUAUGAAGAAAUUUGGUGUUGUCGCAGACAAAUGCAGCUACGGUUCUCUUAUACAUAUUUUGGCCAGUGCUGACAAGCCGCGUGAUGCAAGAUCUUAUCUUGAAAGAAUGCAGAAAGCAGGACUUGUGAGUGACUGUGUUCCAUAUUGUGUUGUGAUAAAAAGCUUCGCGAAGUUAGGGCAAUUGAAAAUGGCUGAAGAAUUGUACCAAACGAUGCUUGGAUACGCCGUGCAGCCUGAUGUGAUUAUUUAUGGUGUUUUUAUCAAUGCUUUUGCUGAUGCGGGAAGUGUUGAAGAAGCCAACAAAUAUGUUAAUGAAAUGCGAAAGGCAGGAUUGCCAGGGAAUCCAACUAUAUAUAACUCUUUAAUUAAGUUGUAUACUAAAUUAGGCUACCUGGAAGAAGCUCAAGAAACAUACAAAUUGCUUCAAUCGUCAGAUGAAGGUCCUUCUAUAUUUUCCUCUAAUUGUAUGAUUGAUCUUUAUACUGAACUUGUUAUGGUUGAACAAGCAAUAGAGAUAUUUGAGAGCUUGAAGAAGAAAGAAAUUGCAAAUGAGUUUUCGUAUGCAAUGAUGCUAUGUAUGUAUAAGAAAAUCGGAAGAUUGGAUGAAGCCAUUCAAAUUGCAACACAGAUGAGAAGACUAGGUCUUUUGACUGAUGUAUUGAGUUAUAAUAAUGUGCUUGGUUUGUAUUCUGUGGAUAGGAGGCUAAGGGAAGCUACAGAAACUUUCAAGGAAAUGAUAAAAUCUGGCAUUCAACCAGACGAUUUCACAUUUAGAGCUCUUGCUAACAUUUUGCUGAAUUGUGGAGUUUCAAAGCGGGCGGUUGGCAGGCUAGAAGUAAUGGUGAAAAGGGAUUCUCCUCAUGGUUUGCAAGGAUGGAUGCUGGCACUCUCAUGUGCAUCUGAAGGAGAUAAUUCUCCAAAAGAAUAGAUGUGCUUAACGAUGGAGCCUACAUUAUAAAAGCAUGACUAAAAUAUACCUGGUCUGGCUUUCCUCUGGUGCUGAGUUUCCUUUAAUUUGGUUACUUGGCUAAGGCUAUGAUUGGAGCAUUUCAAGCACGGCAUUUAGAAUUACUAGUGGAUUCUUGGAUGGGAAAAAGUUUUGACUCCUUUUACGCGUAUUCUUGAAGCCCAUUUUAGGACUCAAACGGUCAUGUACUCUAUGGAAUGCCUGAAUCUGACAAUUGUUUUGGCCAAGUCUAAGCUUACAUUUUCAUCCCAAUAGAAACUUGAAGAAAAAGUAAUUUUGUUGCGGGCAGAUCUAAUGGAAAGCUAAGCUACCAGAGAAGUAUGGUUGCAUCCCCAUUUGGUUUUCCCCAAUUAUACAAUUUUAGUCAUUCUAUUUCUAUAAAAUUGCAAACGCCAAAUUUCAAUAAAAUUUGAAUCACUUCUCCUUUGUUUUAAAAUUUUUCAUUUUCUAUUUACAAGUAUAGCACAAUUGCAUAAACCCUCUCAUCCUUCUUUUCAAAAUUACCAUAACUCCCUUGUUUAAAUAUCAUUAAAUCAUAAAGUUUCAUCUGAUUUUCUUGAACAAAAUGUUAUGAUGUCAAUUAUGCUGUAAUAUUAAUGUGGUGUUUUUCUUUUUUUUAUGCUUUUUCUUUAUCCAGAUUAGUUAAAAUAUUUUACUACAGUAUAUAUGCACUUCAGUAUCUCAAUAUACUAUGUAAUAGUUGAGAUGAGACUAUCUAUUCUGAAAAAGUGUUGCAAACAUGGAACUCUUUUUCGAUUCUGCCUUUUAGAGCUGGAAUUUUAAAAUCAGUAUUGGAUAAGAAAAAGCAUAUGAUGAUCAUGUUAAAACAAAAAGUCCUAUCAAAGCUUCAAAUAUCCUUU